GAUGGGAGAGAUUCUCAACGAUUGAGCGUUCUUUUCCACCGACUUCCUCUGAGUUAGAGCAUCGCCGUUCUCCUUCUCCGCCGGCGACAUAGAGCCUCUUCGUUCUCUGCUUCUCCAGUUUCUCCAUCGACUUCUCUCUUCUUUACCUGCACUCCCCUAUUAAAACAAUCGAUGGGUUCAGACGAGGAGGUUGUGGAAAUUAGUAGCUUGGAAAGGGGUCUAUUGUCAGAAUGCAGUUCUGAUUUGGAACCUGAAAGUGAUGAUGAGCCUGUAUUGUUUACAGCAUCCUUCCAAGAGAUGGAAGACAAAUUUGUAAAGUAUCAUACAGCACAGUGGGUCCUUUACUCUUUGCUUUUGAUCUUAGCGUGGGGGAUUGGGUUGUUGAUGCUGCUUUAUCUACCAGUAAGAAGAUACAUUCUGCGGAAAGAUAUUCAGUCGAAGAAGCUUUAUCUUACACCAAAUUCCAUAAUCUACAAGGUUACAAGACCUGUACCUUUUCCAUGUUUUGGAGUAUUGAAGAAAGAGAAGCAUGUUUUGUUGCCUUCAGUGGCAGACAUUAUAAUUGAACAAGGAUAUUUAGAGUCUCUCUAUGGAGUUUACUCUAUUAGGAUAGAGAAUGCUGGCGUGAGAAGACCACCUGGUGAUGACGUUCAUAUUCAAGGAAUUACAGAUCCAAUUGCGUUUAAAAAGGCUGUUCUAAUGCGUCUUUCUGGUAUGAGAAAUGAUGGCAACUGCCCUCAAAUUUCUACAAUUGAUGAAGUUUUAAAUACGAAGGCAUCCCCAUCAACAUCUCUAAAGUAUGACCCGUAUUUAUAUUUGGGUGAACAAGUACUUCAGAAAGUAGAGGAGGUUGGAAGUUCUGUGAAGAGAAUUCAAGCUUUGAUCGAAGAGCAACGGUCUGAAGUAUCUAACACUUUAGAUUGAAGUGUUUCUCUUUUAGAUGCUGCGAUUGUGAUCAGCUCCAAAAUGGUACAAGGCCAGUCCCAAUUUUGUGAGGAUUGAAGCCAAUUAAGCUGAAGAAAAUGUACUCCUAAUCAGCAAGAUUUGUUCUAAACUUUACUCUACGGCCGAUGACUCGAUAAUUAUCAAUUACCAUUGGUAUACUGAUUGAGGCUGUAGUUUUGCAAGAAAGGUUCUAGUUUACUUCUCCUUGUAUAGAUGUAUUUUUACUCUUGAAAACCACCCCAAGUAUAUAUGAUAUAUACAUGGUUUUGGUUUUUUCUCUUCUUUUAAAUUUGUUAAAUUAUUUGGAAGUUGUUUAUUCAUGUAAAUUACCAUCGGACCUUUUCUUUUCUCUUCCACUAUGUAGAAGGGAUUGGAAAAUCAACCCCCCCCUGUCCAAAACCUGUACUGCAACAUAGUCAUCUCUAUGUGAAAGGAGCAUUCCCCCCAUGAAGAAAGAAGGAAAGUUUUUUAUUCUUUA